AUGAUAUCGACCACCCUUAUGACUUUCCUGCUAAUUACCAAACCCGAGAUCCGAUCGGUCAAGCUGCUCGGAUCAUGGGACAAUUUCUCGAAGCCGUAUGCGAUGGAAAGGGACAAGCGGGCUGGGUCCGGACAUUGGAAAGGAUGCCAUACCUUCACGGACAUCAUGGGCGACGGGCCUGGCGACAACCCCCAGUGGCGUACGGGGGGUCUGAAGAUGGGAGCAACCUACUGGUACUACUACUUGCUGGAUGACGACGCGGAGCACUUUAAUGAAGCAGAGCCUGUCACCACCCAGUGUCCCCUGCUCCCGGGACAGCCACUCAACGUGCUCAAUGUGCCUAUCAUUCUGCCUGACAGUCGGUCUCAUGGGCGUUCAAACAGUGGCAGCUCGCAAAAGUCCGAUUAUCGAACUAUGAACCCGGAGGACAAGUUCAUGAACCCGCGGAAGCCUCCGAAGCCUUCUCCCACUCGUCUCCAGACCUCCGCGGCGAAUUACCAGCCUGCCGCGGAGCUCAGCAGUGUUUCACCUGGCGGUAGCUUGAUUCAUCGGAGUGCUUCUCAGCCGAUAAGCGCCAAGUACGGCAAGCAGGCGACAAACGAACGCUCUGUUUCUCCGGCAUUCCCUGAGAUUCGCGAAGCAUUUCGAUCUUCCAAUCGGUCUCCCAAUGAGAUGGAGGGCCACAAACAGGCCCUAUCCAGAUCGAAAACACAUGCUGGAACUCCACGCAAAGAACGUUUCUUCGAAGAUGGUCGCGAUAUACCUGGGAUCAAGCUUAGUGCCGGCCCGGUGUCCACCGGCAAGAUCAACGACAUGCCCGGACCGUCGACCAUUCAAAGUCGCCGUGCAAUGAAGGCCAAUGCAGUCCAGGCCAAAAAUCUUCUCACGGUAGAGACUCGGCCACAUCGUCGCCAAAAUAGUGCUUCCAGAUGGCUCAACGAAACCCAGGCUAUCAAGGAUGCUAUACCCGACGAGCAAAGCUCUAGCGACAUGUCGACGCCAACGGGCCCAGAUCCGCAGGAAAAGCGACUUCCCUCGCUUCCCAACACGCCGUCCUCCGUGAUGGACGAGGCGGUGCGUGCCAUCGACGAAAGGGAUAAGGCAAUGGAUGCCCAGGUCCCGCGCAGCUACUUCUCAAGCAUGACGGCCACGACGGACGAGUCGAUCCUUUCUCGCGUAGUAGAACAAAGUCGCUUCUCAGAAUGGAGCACCGAUACCGAAGCUGAAGACACCUCGCCCGAGUCGAUGGUCUCCGCAUCGACAUUCAACGGGCCGAACGAGUCCCCGACUCCAGAGGAAUGGGGGACACCAGACCUGGCGCAACACAACGAUGCUGCGACCAACACGGACCCCAACACUCCGCAUCUGACCGUGUAUUCCAAGCCGUCCUCCCCGAACUCAGCAUCCGAUGAUGUCCCGACGUGGAACUUGAAUACCCUUCCCCAACUCACUGUUUCCAUGUCUCCUUCUCACGGCUCGGGGCUUGGAAUCGAGCCGAUGGAAGAGGUUGAAAGCAACCCGAAACGUCACGCAGCCCUGUUUAGUGCCAUCGAGUCUAUGCAGGCACUUUCCUUAUCACGCAGCCCGGAUGGAUCUCCAAUUAUCUUGUCGGAAAUGCAAGGGCCAGAAAACGAGGCCAAUGACGACGACAGACGAAGGAAGAACGUGGAUUCCCAGCAUAGUAAUGCGUCGCUUCACGGCAACCCCACCAUGCAGGAGAUGUUGGAUGAACUCAGUUACUUGAAGAACAUGAUCCAAACUGAGAUGGAUGGGGAACCAUUUUAA